AUGGCAUCGAUGCGAGAGCCAGAUGCUGCCUCUCAGACUCCCCUCCUCGGCGACACAGAUGCGGCGGCAGAGGAGCCGACAGCGUACGGCACGGCCGAGACGCAUGCAGCUCUGUCGGAAGAGGAACAACAAGGUGUCUUCAAGCGCAACCUAGGCACUAUUGAGGCCUUCGCCAUCAUCAUCAGCAUCGUCGUCGGGAGCGGCAUCUUUACCUCCCCUGGGGCCAUCGACCAGAAUGUCCCAUCACCCGGCGCGGCAUUGCUGACGUGGCUGAUCGGAGGGGCCCUCGCGUGGACGGGUGCUACCACUCUUGCUGAGCUCGGCACCGCCAUACCAGGCGAGGGCGGCGUGCAGGCCUACCUACAGUACAUCUUUGGCGACGUCUUUGGCUUUCUGGCAGCUUGGACUUGGGUGGUGGCCGUCAUGCCGGCGACGCUCGCGAUCUUGAGCAUUGUCUUUGUGGACAGUAUCUUAUCUGCCGCUGGAGUUGCGAGUGAGGCUGGAAGUUUGAAGCAUAAACUUUUAUCGAUCGCCAUCCUGGUCGUGACCAACACCUCCAAUGCAAUCAGCACGAAGGCCAGUACCCGGCUGAACAAUUUCUUCGUGGUGACGAAAUUCAUCGGUAUUCUGGCCGUCAUGGCUGCUGGCUUGGGAGUUGUAAUUGCCCAUUCUCUCGGACGUGAUGCGAAGAACGGGGGCAAAGACUGGUUCCGCAGAUCAUGGUUCGAAAAUCGAGAUAGCUUUAACCCGGACGGCUCUCGGAUCGUCUGGGGAGAUCUACACGCUAUUUACAUUACAGCUGAGCUCUCUGCGCCGGCGCGGCAAUUGCCAUUGGCUAUUAACUCUUCUAUACCGACAGUCGUAGUUGGUUUCGUCGCAGCCAAUGCUGCCUACUACGUCCUUCUUCCGUGGAACAUGAUCUCAAUUACAGAUAGUGUCGCAGUUACCGCGAUCACCCGCUUGCUCGGCCGUGCCUUCGGCAUAAUUGCCGCUGUUGUGGUCUGCCUUGUAGUCGCCGGAUCCUUGCUUGGCAACUCGUUCGUCGCUGGGCGGAUGGCCGUUGCCGCUGCACGGCGCGGCUGGCUCCCCGAGAUCUUCGGACGGAUCGGCUAUGGUGACUUCACACUGCGUUCCUCACCCUCUGAGGACGUUUCAUCACCAGAAGAGCCAGGAGUGCCUGUUGACGACUCCAAAUCCGACGCCCCUGUCUAUGCCUUGAUCUUGUCCACCAUCUUGUCAGCCGUCUACAUUGCCUUUGGCAAUUUCAGGUCCCUCUUGACCUUCAACGGGAUGGGCGAAUAUUCGUUCUUCUUUCUCACGGUGCUUGGGGCUUUGGUCCUCCGGUUCCGAGAUCCCUCACUUGAUCGACCAUACAAGCCGUUCAUCGUGAUACCCCUGCUCUUCGCGUUUGUUAGUCUGUUCAUUGUGGUCAGAGGUGCUACAUUUGAGCCGUUGUUGUUCGGUGUCUUGGCUCUUGUAUGGGCUGUUGGCCUUGGCUUCUAUGUUCUCAGGAGGACUCUUGCAGCUUGGUCUAGCUAG